AUGGCUGGUGAGAACGAGCAGGGCAAAAACAAUAAACUGCCCUGUAAAGAGGGUCAUAGCGGUCCCACCCAUGAGUCCAUACAGGCUGUGUUUGACCUAAAAUCCUUCAGACCAGCAGAGAACCUCAGUAAUCCCACCAUCACCAACAUCUCCUUCACCCUGUAUGCUGUCCUGGGGGUGAAUGAGAAAACUCAAAUACUCACAACUUUCUUGUGGCUCAGACUGUACUGGCACCAUGAGUUCCUGGUUUGGGACCCUGAUGAGUGUGACGGCGUCACCAGGAUUUCUCUUCCUGUGAAGCAGCUCUGGUCCCCAGACAUCAUCGUGUACGAAUUUUCAACCUGUUUUUGUUUAUUUCUGUGUCUUCUUGCCGACUCCUCCAACCCUCCCAGCGUGGACGAUGAUGUUUCCCAAGCGUGUCCUUACGUCUACAUCAACCACACAGGUCACAUCCGCUGGGACAGAAUGCUUCGGCUCGUCUCAGCCUGCAACCUGGAGAUCUUCAGUUUUCCAUUUGACGUGCAGAACUGCACAUUUACAUUUGGCUCCUACAUGCACACCAUAAGGGAUGUGAGAGUAGGCCCAGCCCUGACCUUUAAAGAAAUGUCUGGAAACUCAAAACGUUACCUGGAGGCCAGUGGAGAGUGGGAGCUUGUGGACAUACUGGGAGAGACUUCCAUCCUCCAGUUUGGGAUUGAUGAGUGGGACAUCAUCACCUUCUGGGUGGUGAUAAAGCGGCGACCAGUCCUCUACGUGGUCAACCUGCUGAUCCCCAGCUCCUUCCUCAUGCUCAUCGACAUCCUGUCCUUCUACCUGCCUCCCCACAGCGUCGACCGCGCCUCCUUCAAGAUGACCCUCAUCCUGGGCUACACCGUCUUCCUGCUCAUCAUGAACGACCUGCUGCCCAGCACUGCAAACGGCACACCAAUCAUAGGUAUUUAUUUCUCAGUGUGCCUGGCUCUUAUGGUCAUCAGUCUACUGGAGACAGUCAUCAUCACUAACGUGCUCCACCACAGCACCAUGAAAUAUCAGGAGGUUCCAAACUGGGUGAGGGUGGUUGUCCUCAAACACAUCGCCAACCUCAUCUGCUACAAGUGGCCGGAGGACAUCGAGCGCCCCUCUGUACAACAGAAGGAUAAACCUGAAAGUUCAAAUAGUUGCUCAGAGUCGUGGAGCAUCCAACCAGCCAGCCAGACACCGGCCCAGCAGCCGGCCCAGCAGCCAGCCCAGCAGCCGACCAGCAGCGAAGGUGUAGUUGCUCCUCCUGAAUUGCAGCAGAUCUGUCAGUACCUGGGUGACCUCCGUGCUCACCUCACCUCACUGCAGAAGGAGAGCGAGCUGCAGGGCCAGUGGUGUCACGUAGGAUACGUCCUUGACUUCCUGCUCUUCCGCAUCUAUCUGCUGCUCAUCACCUGUUAUGCGCUGGUUAUCAUCUCCAUGUGGUGUGUCUGGAUCAUCCCUUCUGAAGAGGAUCAACCCAGACAGAGAAUGACAGAAGUAAAACGUUUUGAGUUAAUCUUCAUCUGUUUCAUGCUGCUUUAUGGUUGUGCAGCAGCAUUGAACUGCACCAGCCCGACUCCUGUAUCCUUGUUUGAUGAACUUGAGAAGGAAUUAUUCUCCAAAAAACUACUGCGACCAGUAAAAAGCUUUUCAAGUCCAAUUAACAUUUCCAUCGGCAUCACAGUGGUGGGAAUUUUAGGAGUGGAUGAAAAAUCUCAAGCACUGACAACUAUCUUAUGGGAAGUUCUGGAGUGGCAGAUAGAGGGAUUGAGCUGGGAUGAGGAGGAAUGUGGAAUUUCAAGGAUCUCUAUCCCUCGAGCAUUGCUUUGGGUCCCAGACAUCCACAUCGCAGAGUUCAUUGAUGAGGACAGAUCUCCCAAAACUCAAUAUGUCUACUUAGACAACACUGGUCAUGUAUUUGAUGAUAAGCCGAUCAGAGUGACCAGCUCCUGCAAAUUAGUGAUCUACAAUUUCCCCUUCGAUGUCCAAAACUGCUCGCUGACCUUUGGAUCAUAUAUACACUUUGCUACAGACGUAAGGAUGAUUCAAAGCACCACAGCUGAAGAGAUCCUGGAGGAGUCCCUAGAUGUGUUGGAGACUAACGGGGAGUGGGAGCUGGCAGGUAUCAGGGUCGCUCCAGCUACACUGGCCUUAGAUGUGGGAAGCUACUCUGAGAUUCAAUACUUUAUCAUUUUGAGACGAAGGCCAGUCCUCUACGUGGUGAACCUGCUGAUCCCCAGCUGCUUCCUCAUCGCACUGGACCUCUUCAGCUUCCUGCUGCCUCCUCAAAGUGUCGACCGCGCCUCCUUCAAGAUGACCCUCAUCCUGGGCUACACCGUCUUUCUGCUCAUCAUGAACGACCUGCUGCCCAGCACUGGAAAUACAACACCUCUCAUUAAUGUUUUCUUCUCCAUCAGUCUUGCUCUGAUGGUGGGCAGCCUGUUGGAGACAGUGUUUAUCACCAACAUCCAGUUCAGCUCCAGCCAGUACAGUGCGGUGCCUAACUGGGUCAGAGUCCUCGUGCUACGAUAUCUAGCUGUUAUCGUUUGUCUCCCUCAAAAAGAGAAGAGCAACCACAUCACUGUCAUCCUCAAUCCAUCUAAUAAAGAACCAGGAAAAGAUGGCAGUGUCCCCAACCUCUCAGCGAUUCAUCUUCAGCCCCUCUUUGGUGACACACAUCCAGUGAAGCCCCCUCCAGACCCUCCAGAGCCGGCCCUGGAAGAACUGAGGAGGCUGGGCAUAAAUCUCGCGGCCAUUCGCCGUCAGGUAGACAAACACUUCCAGGGGAACAAAACCUCAGAGGAAUGGCAAAUGAUCGGGCUAGUCAUCGACCGUCUGCUGUUCGGCCUGUACAUCGUCUUCAUCAUCUUCAGCUUCAUCACCAUCAUAUGCAUCUGGGCCUUGAGCAAUUCAGCCUGA